GGAUUGUAGAGGGGGAGGGUUUGUGACCCAAGACCCAUCCCCCAACCUCCCCGUAAUCUCCCGUCCCCCACUGCCGGGGCGGGGGUGAGUUGUGACAUGUGCUUAACUCUCAGCAGCAACUUAGGCAGCAGGUGUCGGUCCUAACCAGGAGCCGCGGCUGCUGGGUACGCCCUCACCGAGCCAUGCGGGCCCCGGGCGCGCCUCUCGCCCGCACCUUGCGGUUGCUGCUUCUGCUACUGCUCAAGGUUUCUGCCUCUGCUGCCCUCGGGUCCGCUCUUUCGCCCAGGAACGAAACUUGCCUCGGGGAAAACUGUUCACCUGCACUGAGCCAGCGUCGCAGUAGGGACGCGUGGGGACUGGGAAAUUCUGCAGGAGACCUUCUGAGAACCCGUGCGCCCAGGGAGGAGGAGCAGGGGGCAGCGGUGCGCGCGGCGCCCUUGUGGGACCUAAGGGCCACGCGGGGCGGUGACCCAGGUGCGGGAAGAGGGGCGGAGGCGUCGGCCACAGAACCCUCGGGACCUCCAGCCAGGCCAUCUGGAGCCUGGAGGUGGAAAGGUGCCCGGGGUCAGGAGUCCCCUGGAAUUUUGGGGAGAGGGAACCUCCCGGCUCUCCAACUCUUCCUGCAGACCUCAGAGGGGAAAGAGAAGGGUCCCAGAGGCGCUGGCAUUUCUGAGCACGGUCAGGAGCAGAGUGUGAGGACAGAACCCGGAGCCAGCGACCUUUAUUACUGGCCAAGGAGAGGCGGGAAACUCCAGGGUUCCCAUCACGACACCUCACCCAAGAUGGUCAGUGGACCGUCGGGGCACGAAGGGCGGACGAUCGCACCCCCUGGCAGGGCGCUGGCCCAGAAUGGGUCCUCAGGUGAAGGGGUCCACGAACGCGGGGGUUCCCGCCGGGGGAACAGCACAAACAGGCGCUUGCGACUAAAGAACCCCUUCUACCCGCUGACCCAGGAGUCAUACGGAGCCUAUGCAGUCAUGUGUUUGUCUGUGGUGAUCUUCGGGACUGGCAUCAUUGGCAACCUGGCGGUGAUGUGCAUCGUGUGUCACAACUACUACAUGCGGAGCAUCUCCAAUUCCCUCUUGGCCAACCUGGCCUUCUGGGACUUUCUCAUCAUCUUCUUCUGCCUUCCGCUCGUCAUCUUUCACGAGCUGACGAAGAAGUGGCUGCUGGAGGACUUCUCUUGCAAGAUUGUGCCCUAUAUAGAGGUCGCUUCCCUCGGAGUCACUACCUUCACCUUAUGUGCUCUGUGUAUAGACCGCUUCCGGGCAGCCACCAACGUGCAGAUGUACUAUGAAAUGAUCGAGAACUGUUCUUCGACAACUGCCAAGCUUGCUGUUAUAUGGGUUGGUGCCCUACUGUUGGCGCUUCCGGAAGUUGUUCUCCGCCAGCUGAGCAAGGAGGAUCUGGGGUUUGGUGGCCGAGCUCCUGCGGAACGCUGCGUUAUCAAGGUCUCCCCAGAUUUACCGGACACCAUCUACGUUUUAGCCCUUACCUAUGACAGUGCAAGACUCUGGUGGUACUUUGGCUGUUACUUCUGUUUGCCCACACUUUUCACCAUCACCUGCUCUUUGGUGACUGCAAGGAAAAUCCGCAAGGCAGAGAAAGCCUGUACCCGGGGGAAUAAACGACAGAUUCAGCUAGAAAGCCAGAUGAACUGUACAGUAGUGGCUCUGACCAUUUUGUAUGGAUUUUGCAUUAUUCCUGAAAAUAUCUGCAACAUUGUUACUGCCUACAUGGCUACAGGGGUUUCUCAGCAGACAAUGGACUUGCUUUAUAUCAUCAGCCAGUUCCUUUUGUUCUUUAAGUCCUGUGUCACCCCUGUCCUCCUCUUCUGUCUUUGCAAACCCUUCAGUCGGGCCUUUAUGGAGUGCUGUUGCUGUUGCUGUGAUGAGUGCAUUCAGAAGUCUUCAACAGUGACCAGCGAUGACAAUGACAACGAAUAUACCACAGAACUUGAACUCUCACCUUUUAGUACCAUACGCCGGGAAAUGUCCACGUUUGCUUCUGUGGGAACUCAUUGCUGAAGGACAACCUUUUGUUUGGUUAGAUUUAUUUGAUUUUCAGAUCCUGUGAAAGUUUUUACUUCAUAUUUUCCCCUCCUGGGGGAAAAAAAUGCAACAAAAGAGAGAAAUAUUAACUACUGUAGAACUGAUUCUGCAAAUUAAUAUUUGUGCUUUGAAAAAAAAUGUUUAUAUUUAGUUAUUUAAGAAAUAUGAGGAGGCCAGUAGUUUUAGGUCAUUUUAUCUGGUAUGGUGCUAAUAUUUUAUUUGAAAAAAGUUACUGCACCUUCAUUAAUUGCUAACUUUUUUUCUUUUAAAAAAAAAUAUAUAAUCAGUGUAUAUUGAUUAUAGCCAUGUGAUUUUGUAGGUUAUUUUAUGUUUGAGUUGUGAUUGGAAGUAUAUUGUAUAUGGUAUCGUGAGAUGUUAAGAAGCAUUCACAAAGUAGCACCAAAUAAAUUAUACUUUAUUCUUUAAUGUCAUUGUCAAUCUACUUUUAACCAAGAUUCAAUAAAUCUUUUAAUUGCCUUAAAU